AUGGCCCAUUGGAGGGACGAGUACUCCGCCGCUUUGGCGGCUCGAGAUCGACGAGAAAAAGCCAAUCUCGCCAUCUAUGAUGCCUAUACUCAACUUGCGGAUCGAACCGGCCGGAUCGUAACGGCUACUCAAUUAUCAGACCCUACCGAAGCCCAGGGUGCUACGCCCCAUUCCUCAGGGAGAGAUUCCAGGAAGGAUCCAAACGAACUACCAGGAAUGUCUCCACAAGACGUCCUAGCCGCAACCCGAGCAGAUUUGUCAGAAGCGCAGCGGUCCCGCUCCGAGUUACAAGAUCAACUUACUCGUACGAAAGCCGAGCUGGAAAAACUGCAGAAAAGAAGUACGCAAAGCACUCGGCGAAUUAGUUCUCAGGAGAAGGAGAUCACACAUCUCCAGUUACGUCUAAAGGAUCGCGACGAGGAGUUGAAGGGAAAGGCGAAAUUGCUAGAUGACUUCCAAGAUGAACUUGCAUCCCUGAAUCUGCAGUUGAACAUGGCGGAGGAGCGGUCUGCGAACCUUAAACGUGAAAAUCAGGAUCUCGUCGAUCGCUGGAUGGCUCGAAUGGGCAAGGAAGCGGACGCUAUGAACGACGCUUCUAAGUUCUCGUGA